AUGAAAAUCUGUGUACUGCUGCUAUUGACCCACUGUGCCAUUGCGGCCGAGUGGCAGUGUGGUAGUGGCCGCUUCUCGACGGCCGUCGCUUAUAUCCUGAGCUUGCCAGCUACGGAUAGGGAUUAUAUAAACAGUUGCUGUAAAGCUCACGAUCAACAGUAUGAUCUCAUUCAAAACAGGUCUUCAUUAUUAACAACACAAGAGUCGGAUUACAUCUUCAAGGAGUGCCUCGCACAAUCAAAUUUCGGAACACUCAACAUGUAUGAACACAUAUACAGUUUUCCCGAACCGGAAAAUGACCCGACUUGGGCCAUUUCAAGUCAGACUCGCCGUGAAUUACCCAAAGUGUGCAGAAAUAUUUUUUCACGUGUCAGUCUUAUCUGA